CCUUAUUUCGAUUUGUCACUUUCAACACCUCAUCAUCCUCAUCCCAGUUCAUCCCAUCCUUCAGCGCUAAUCGAUCCUCCCUUCCCCCCCUGUGGAGAACCCAUGUGCCAUUAAUCUUGGAAGGAAACCACUACAGAUCCCUUCCACCUCAUCUCAUCUCACACGAGCACUCAGCUCGUCCUCGUUCAGUUCAUACCCGUUACCUACACCUUCUUUGUCUCCCAAGAGUAUAUAUCUUCCUUGCCCUCGGAACAUCGCCUCUCUCUGGCUUUCUCUCCACUUCACUCUUCUUUUUCCCUCCAAUGAGCGCCCGUGCUUCGCGGAUAGCAACCAUGCCGGCCAUGGCCCUGUUCUUCGUCCUCCUCUCAGGCACACUCUUCAUUGCUGAGGUGCACGCCCAGACUCCAAUCUUACCAGUAGGAACCACCUCAGCUGCUUCUUCAACAACAGCGAACGCCGGAUCGACAACCGCGUCUGCAUCGGAACCGACAGCAUCCAGUAUUUCAACCGGAUCAGUGUCCGCCACGACCUCGACCUUCACCGUACCAGCAACAUCAACAAGUGUCCUCUUACCUACUCAGCCCACACCCGGUCCAGCUAAGAACCCUUUUGAGCCUGGCACGGUCAAUUGCUUGGAUAAGCCAUACUGUGGCGCAAACGAGGAAUGCUUUGUGCUCGAGGAUGGAUUGGUCUGUUUGGAGAAGACCAUGAACUGGGGCUACAUCCUAGCUCGCAACAACUCUGGAAUUCCUUCCGUCCCCAGCUGGUCUGGACCGCGCUCGCAACUGAACACCAACUGUACGCGCUUCCAGAUGCCGAAGAGCAGCGACAAACCAGGACUGGCACUGAUGGUGUAUGACUUGAUCCAGGGUACUCUACCCAGGGACUUGCUGUUGUCCCGGUUCGAUCAGGCGACGACGAUUUGGUACACGAUGUUCUCGAAUUGCGAACCGGAUCUGGCCUGCAUGAUGGGCGAAUGUCAACUACGACCGACAUUGAAUCAGAGCUGUACGUCUUCAUGGCAGUGUAAUCCGCAGGCCUUGGGUCUGGACGAGAACAAUUCGCCGAUUGCGACGGCGAAUGUAACGGGGAUCCGAUGCGAGUAUGAGGAUGGCAAUUUGUCCGUGAACAAGACCUGUCAGUUACUUCAUCGGGAGGCUGCAUCAAAUUCUGGAAGCGGGUUUUCGGCCUGGCAAGUCAUCCUUCCGAUCGUGGGAUUAUUGGCUCUGGCAUAUUUUGGAACGGUGUUCUACCAGCGCAGGAUGAGGAGGCAGAAGCUUCGCAAGUGGAGCAGGGUCAUGGAAGACGACAGGAAUGAGUUCCAGAUGCAGCCUUACGACGACCUGCGCUGAAGAGACACAAAAAUAAAGACACAUCAGCAGCGGGGAACAUGGCUUCCCUGGGUAUUGUAAAAUAUCGUAAUAAAGUAUAUCCCUCUUCUUUCAAGG